AUGGUAAACACAGCAAACAUCACUUCUGACCCCUGCAGUGUCUACAGAAAUUUCUCCAGUAACGGGAGAAACCCAAUUCCAUAUUACUCCUACAGGGGUGUCUAUGAUGACACUCUCAUUGAAUGGAACGGCUGGUACCGGCUGUAUCUUCAGGGAAGUAGUGCUCAGAUUCCUGAAUUGCACUGGUGUUCCAGUUACAUGGCGUGUGGAGGUUACACAGCACUCUUACUAGAAGGACCUCAUCCACUCCCAGAGGACGGCAUCGUCACCAGAGACAUCUAUGGAUUCUAUCCAGAUACCAGUGAUAGUAAACAGUGCAUUAAAAACUCAAGAUCAAACCCAAUCCAGGUUAAGGCCUGCCCAGGAAAUUACUACGUCUACAGACUCGUCAAACCAACUGUAUCCCUUCCAAUGCCAACAUACUGUGCAGUUGUUAUCGACACUCCCAGUUAUGAUCCCUGCAGUAACUAUACUUCUCUGGACCAAUCAUGGAGAGGCACUAAUGAGACCGGAGGAUACAACUGUGACGGAUCCACUAACUGGAAUGGAUGGUACCGGCUGCUGUAUAACGGGAUGAGCACCCAGAUGCCAGAGAGCUGCGUCAAUGUCUCCAGAUGUGGAACUGAUAUUCCUCUGUGGCUCAGCGGUUCUCAUCCUCAGAUAUCUGAUGGAAUAGUCACUCGUGGGAUCUGUGGGAAUUAUGAAAGUGACUGCUGUUACUACAGAUCAUUCCCAAUUCGAGUCAAAGCCUGUCCAGGAAACUAUUACGUCUAUGAGUUUGUCAAGACAAUUUUCUGCAAUUCAGCUUACUGUGCAGCUACUGGUGAUCCCUGCUACAACUACACCGCUCUGGAUCAGCCCUGGAGAGCCACUAAUGCUACUCGUUUGUGGGUCUGUGACGCACGCUUCAACGGGAACGGCUGGUACAGACUGCUGUAUUAUGGGAUGAAUAUCCGGAUGCCAGAGAUCUGCACUGCUUAUGAAACAUGUAGCACUUAUAUCACCUAUUGGCUGAAUGGUUCUCACCCUCAGAUAUCAGAUGGAAUCGUAACUCGUCAGGCCUGUGGGAGCUGGUGGAAUGGUGGCUGCUGUGCAUUCUCUGUGUCAAUUCGAGUUAAAGCGUGUCCAGGAAAUUACUACGUUUAUGAGUUCGUCUAUCCAAUCGUCUGCUAUGCAGCUUAUUGUGCAGAUGUGAGUUCCAUCACUCCAGUCACCGACUCUAUGAAUAUAAACAGCAUUGAAACCCCAGUAAACACAGCAAACAGCACUUCAGACCCCUGCAGUGUCUACAGAAAUCUUUCCAGUGACGGGAGAAAACCAAUUCCAUAUUACUCCUACGGCAGUGUCUAUGAUGACACUCUCGUUGAAUGGAACGGCUGGUACCGGCUUUAUCUUCAGGGAAGUAGUGCUCAGAUUCCUGAAUUGCACUGGUGUUUCAGUUACAUGGCGUGUGGAGGUUACAUACCACUCUUACUAGGUGGACCUCAUCCACUCCCAGAGGACGGUAUCGUCACCAGAGACAUCUAUGGAUUCUAUCCAGACAACAUUAAUGGUAAACAUUGCAUUAAAAACUCAAGCUCAAACCCAAUCCAGGUUAAGGCCUGCCCAGGAAAUUACUACGUCUACAGACUCGUCAAACCAACUGUAUCCCUUCCAAUGCCAACAUACUGUGCAGUUGUUAUCGACACUCCCAGUUAUGACCCCUGCAGUAACUAUACUUCUCUGGACCAAUCAUGGAGAGGCACUAAUGAGACCGGAGGAUCCAACUGUGACAGAUCCACUAACUGGAAUGGAUGGUACCGGCUGCUGUAUAAUGGGAUGAGCACCCAGAUGCCAGAGAGCUGCGUCAAUGUCUCCAGAUGUGGAACUGAUGUUCCUCUGUGGCUCAGCGGUUCUCAUCCUCAGAUAUCUGAUGGAAUAGUCACUCGUGGGAUCUGUGGGAAUUAUGACAGUGACUGCUGUAACUACAGAUCAUUCCCAAUUCGAGUCAAAGCCUGUCCAGGAAACUAUUACGUCUACGAGUUUGUCAAGACAAUUUUCUGCAAUUCAGCUUACUGUGCAGAUGUGAAGACCAUCAUGCCAGUCUCUUCUACUACUACUACUACUACUGCUACUACUACAGACCCCAGUAGCACCAAACCAACCACCACUCCAACCACAGGUGAUCCCUGCUACAACUACACCGCUCUGGAUCAGCCCUGGAGAUCCACUAAUGCUACUAGUUUGAGGAUCUGUGACGCACGCUUCAACGGGAACGGCUGGUAUCGGCUGCUGUAUAACGGGAUGAACAUCCGGAUGCCAGAGAGCUGCACUAAUUAUGACAGAUGUGGCACUUUUAUCACCUUUUGGCUGAAUGGUUCUCACCCUCAGAUAUCAGAUGGAAUCGUCACUCGUCAGGCCUGUGGGAGUUGGUGGAGUGGUGGCUGCUGUCAAUUCUCUGUGUCAAUUCGAGUUAAAGCGUGUCCAGGAAAUUUCUACGUUUACGAGUUUGUCAAACCAAACAUCUGCCCUGCAACUUAUUGUUCAGAUGUGAGUUCCAUCACUCCAGUCACCGACUCAAUGAAUGCAAACAGCACUGAAGCCCCAGUAAACACAGCAAACAUCACUUCUGACCCCUGCAGUGUCUACAGAAAUUUCUCCAGUAACGGGAGAAACCCAAUUCUAUAUUACUCCAGCGGUGUCUAUGAUGACACUCUCGUUGAAUGGAACGGCUGGUACCGGCUGUAUCUUCAGGGAAGUAGUGCUCAGAUUCCUGAAUUGCACUGGUGUUCCAGUUACAUGGCGUGUGGAGGUUACACAGCACUCUUACUAGAAGGACCUCAUCCACUCCCAGAGGACGGCAUCGUCACCAGAGACAUCUAUGGAUUCUAUCCAGAUACCAUUGAUAGUAAACAGUGCAUUAAAAACUCAAGAUCAAACCCAAUCCAGGUUAAGGCCUGCCCAGGAAAUUACUACGUCUACAGACUCGUCAAACCAACUGUAUCCCUUCCAAUGCCAACAUACUGUGCAGUUGUUAUCAACACUCCCAGUUAUGAUCCCUGCAGUAACUACACUUCUCUGAACCAAUCAUGGAGAGGCACUAAUGAGACCGGAGGAUCCAACGCAGACUCCGGCAACAGCAACUGGAAUGGAUGGUACCGGCUGCUGUAUAACGGGAUGAGCAUCCAGAUGCCAGAGAGCUGCGUCAAUGUCUCCAGAUGUGGAACUUAUGUUCCUCUGUGGCUCAGCGGUUCUCAUCCUCAGAUAUCUGAUGGAAUAGUCACUCGUUGGAUCUGUGGGAAUUAUGGAAGUGACUGCUGUUACUACAGAUCAUUCCCAAUUCGAGUCAAAGCCUGUCCAGGAAACUAUUACGUCUAUGAGUUUGUCAUGACAAGUAUCUGGUCAUCAGCUUACUGUGCAGAUGUGAAGACCAUCAUGCCAGUCUCUAAUAAUACAGCAAUUGCACCCAGUAGCACCCAACCAACCACCACUCCAGCUACAGAUGAUCCCUGCUACAACUACACCGCUCUGGAUCAGCCCUGGAGAGCCACUAAUGCUACUGGUUUGUGGAUCUGUGAUGAAUACUUCAGCUGGAACGGCUGGUAUCGGCUGCUGUAUUAUGGGAUGAACAUCCGGAUGCCAGAGAGCUGCACUAAUUAUAGCAGAUGUGGCACAUAUAUCACCUAUUGGCUGAAUGGUCCUCACCCUCAGAUAUCAGAUGGAAUUAUCUCUCGUCAGGCCUGUGGGAGUAGGAGUGGGUGGAGUAGCUGCUGUGAUUACUCUGUGUCAAUUCGAGUUAAAGCGUGUCCAGGAAAUUACUACGUUUAUGAGUUCGUCAAUCCAAACACCUGCACUGCAGCUUAUUGUGCAGAUGUGAGUUCCAUCACUCCAGUCACCGACUCAAUUAAUGCAAACAGCACUGAAGCCCCAGUAAACACAGCAAACAUCACUUCUGACCCCUGCAGCGUCUACAGAAAUUUCUCCAGUAACGGGAGAAACCCAAUUCUAUACUCCUCCAGGGGUGUCUAUGAUGACACUCUCGUUGAAUGGAACGGCUGGUACCGGCUGUAUCUUCAGGGAAGUAGUGCUCAGAUUCCUGAAUUGCACUGGUGUUCCAGUUACAUGUUCUGUGGAGGUUACGCAGCACUCUUACUAGAAGGACCUCAUCCACUCCCAGAGGACGGCAUCGUCACCAGAGACAUCUAUGGAUUCUAUCCAGAUACCAGUGAUAGUAAACAGUGCAUUAAAAACUCAAGAUCAAACCCAAUCCAGGUUAAGGCCUGCCCAGGAAAUUACUACGUCUACAGACUCGUCAAACCAACUGUAUCCCUUCCAAUGCCAACAUACUGUGCAGUUGUUAUCGACACUCCCAGUUAUGAUCCCUGCAGUAACUAUACUUCUCUGGACCAAUCAUGGAGAGGCACUAAUGAGACCGGAGGAUACAACUGUGACGGAUCCACUAACUGGAAUGGAUGGUACCGGCUGCUGUAUAACGGGAUGAGCACCCAGAUGCCAGAGAGCUGCGUCAAUGUCUCCAGAUGUGGAACUGAUAUUCCUCUGUGGCUCAGCGGUUCUCAUCCUCAGAUAUCUGAUGGAAUAGUCACUCGUGGGAUCUGUGGGAAUUAUGAAAGUGACUGCUGUUACUACAGAUCAUUCCCAAUUCGAGUCAAAGCCUGUCCAGGAAACUAUUACGUCUAUGAGUUUGUCAAGACAAUUUUCUGCAAUUCAGCUUACUGUGCAGCUACUGGUGAUCCCUGCUACAACUACACCGCUCUGGAUCAGCCCUGGAGAGCCACUAAUGCUACUCGUUUGUGGGUCUGUGACGCACGCUUCAACGGGAACGGCUGGUACAGACUGCUGUAUUAUGGGAUGAAUAUCCGGAUGCCAGAGAUCUGCACUGCUUAUGAAACAUGUAGCACUUAUAUCACCUAUUGGCUGAAUGGUUCUCACCCUCAGAUAUCAGAUGGAAUCGUAACUCGUCAGGCCUGUGGGAGCUGGUGGAAUGGUGGCUGCUGUGCAUUCUCUGUGUCAAUUCGAGUUAAAGCGUGUCCAGGAAAUUACUACGUUUAUGAGUUCGUCUAUCCAAUCGUCUGCUAUGCAGCUUAUUGUGCAGAUGUGAGUUCCAUCACUCCAGUCACCGACUCUAUGAAUAUAAACAGCAUUGAAACCCCAGUAAACACAGCAAACAGCACUUCAGACCCCUGCAGUGUCUACAGAAAUCUUUCCAGUGACGGGAGAAAACCAAUUCCAUAUUACUCCUACGGCAGUGUCUAUGAUGACACUCUCGUUGAAUGGAACGGCUGGUACCGGCUUUAUCUUCAGGGAAGUAGUGCUCAGAUUCCUGAAUUGCACUGGUGUUUCAGUUACAUGGCGUGUGGAGGUUACAUACCACUCUUACUAGGUGGACCUCAUCCACUCCCAGAGGACGGUAUCGUCACCAGAGACAUCUAUGGAUUCUAUCCAGACAACAUUAAUGUUGUUAUCGACACUCCCAGUUAUGACCCCUGCAGUAACUAUACUUCUCUGGACCAAUCAUGGAGAGGCACUAAUGAGACCGGAGGAUCCAACUGUGACAGAUCCACUAACUGGAAUGGAUGGUACCGGCUGCUGUAUAAUGGGAUGAGCACCCAGAUGCCAGAGAGCUGCGUCAAUGUCUCCAGAUGUGGAACUGAUGUUCCUCUGUGGCUCAGCGGUUCUCAUCCUCAGAUAUCUGAUGGAAUAGUCACUCGUGGGAUCUGUGGGAAUUAUGACAGUGACUGCUGUAACUACAGAUCAUUCCCAAUUCGAGUCAAAGCCUGUCCAGGAAACUAUUACGUCUACGAGUUUGUCAAGACAAUUUUCUGCAAUUCAGCUUACUGUGCAGAUGUGAAGACCAUCAUGCCAGUCUCUUCUACUACUACUACUACUACUGCUACUACUACAGACCCCAGUAGCACCAAACCAACCACCACUCCAACUACAGAUGAUCCCUGCUACAACUACACCGCUCUGGAUCAGCCCUGGAGAGCCACUAAUGCUACUGGUGUGAUGAUCUGUGACGCACGCUUCAACUGGAACGGCUGGUAUCGGCUGCUGUAUAACGGGAUGAACAUCCGGAUGCCAGAGAGCUGCACUAAUUAUUACAGUUGUGGCACUUAUAUCACCUUUUGGCUGAAUGGUUCUCACCCUCAAAUAUCAGAUGGAAUUAUCUCUCGUCAGGCCUAUGUGAGUUCCAUCACUCCAGUCACCGACUCAAUAAAUGCAAACAGCACUGAAGCCCCAGUAAACACAGCAAACAUCACUUCUGACCCCUGCAGCGUCUACAGAAAUUUCUCCAGUAACGGGAGAAACCCAAUUCUAUAUUACUCCAGCGGUGUCUAUGAUGACACUCUCGUUGAAUGGAACGGCUGGUACCGGCUGUAUCUUCAGGGAAGUAGUGCUCAGAUUCCUGAAUUGCACUGGUGUUCCAGUUACAUGGCGUGUGGAGGUUACGCAGCACUCUUACUAGAUGGACCUCAUCCACUCCCAGAGGACGGCAUCGUCACCAGAGACAUCUAUGGAUUCUAUCCAGAUACCAGUGAUAGUAAACAGUGCAUUAAAAACUCAAGAUCAAACCCAAUCCAGGUUAAGGCCUGCCCAGGAAAUUACUACGUCUACAGACUCGUCAAACCAACUGUAUCCCUUCCAAUGCCAACAUACUGUGCAGUUGUUGUCGACACUCCCAGUUAUGACCCCUGCAGUAACUAUACUUCUCUGGACCAAUCAUGGAGAGGCACUAAUGAGACCGAAGGGUCCAACUGUGACAGAUCCACUAACUGGAAUGGAUGGUACAGGCUGCUGUAUAAGGGGAUGAGCACCCAGAUGCCAGAGAGCUGCGUCAAUGUCUCCAGAUGUGGAACUAAUAUUCCUCUGUGGCUCAGCGGUUCUCAUCCUCAGAUAUCUGAUGGAAUAGUCACUCGUGGGAUCUGUGGGAAUUAUGGAAGUGACUGCUGUUACUACAGAUCAUUCCCAAUUCGAGUCAAAGCCUGUCCAGGAAACUAUUACGUCUACGAGUUUGUCAAGACAAGUUUCUGCACUGCAGCUUACUGUGCAGGUACUUUAUUUUCAUAA